AUGAACAAUAUUGCAGUGGAGGGGGAUGACCACAGUUUGGAAGUGUCCUCAAAUGGUAAAAUCACUGUUGAUAAUGAUGACAAGUCGAGGGAGGGGGUCUUGCCGAGUAGCCUCAGAAGACCCCGCAGUUACAGGCCAAAAUCUAAAGAUCAUAAAAGGCUUAACCCUCACAAAUUAGUUUUGCGAUAUAUUGUGCCAUGUAUGAAUUCAUAUGGUCUGUGCAUUGUGGACAAUUUUCUCGGAAACAAAAUUGGAGAGCGAGUUCUACAAGAAGUCCGACACAUUCACCAAGGUGGAAAGAUGCAAGACGGAGAACUUGCAGGUGGAAACUUUGGCAAAAACAAGUCCAUUCGAGGUGAUACAAUUUCUUGGGUGGAAGGGACUGAAACAGGUUGUGAAAACCUUGGCUUUCUAUUGACAAGAAUGGACAAACUCGUCACGUAUGCCGACGGUAAACUGGGAAACUACAACAUUAAAGGGAGGCAUAAGGUUAGUAGUAUUUUCCCCAAUCAGAUCUGAUUAGUAUGAAUGCAUAAUCACUCAUAUUAACCGAGUUAAAUUAUGAAUGUGUUAGUUUAGGAUGUAUAGCCUAUUCCUUAGGGCAACAGGUGGAAAAAACGGUCUAUUCAUAUUUGAUUCAAUUGACCUGUUCUGUCGCCUAGAAAUUGACACCAUUCUAUAAUUAUACACAAUUACUGAAUAAUAAUAAAUACUUCAAUAAAUUAUUUAUAUUGUGUAUUUAUUAUUAUUAUUAUUAUUAUUAUUAUUAUUAUUAUUAUUAUUAUACCCAGACACUUUUCAUGGAGAUGCAAAUAGUCGGGGUUUGUGGCACUUUGCCAUGGUCAUGUUUACCUCAGUGGAGAGGAGGUGCAGCGAGCGGCUUCAAGAGGGCUACAUGCGCCUGGUGGAAUCCUCAAUGGCGGAGGACACGCCUAACGCACGCGCACAGAAAUAAACAUAUAUUUUUUUUUUAUAUCAAUUGCAUUGGAGAUGUUUGUGCAACAUUUUUUAUCUACUUAUCAUUAGCCCAAUGAAAAACAAAAUUUUAAAGGAUCACUUUACUUUGACGCCCAAAAUAAAAUGAGGGAUGUUCAUCGUUUAUCCUUUGUCCGUACUUAUGUUUAAUUGUGCACAUAGAAUAACAUGCUUUUAUAUAGUCUUGCUUAUAUAAUAAUCUGUGAUCGUGCGUAGGCGUUCUGAGUCAGUUCAAUAGAAUGAAUGACAGUCCUUGCUUCCCUCCGCCCCACUAGUGCUACAACACAUCUUGCACGUUCCGUAUUUAUAUCUAGGUGCCUCAUUCGCUGCUUGUUUCUACUUUGGAGUUUAGAGUUGCUGCAGAACAUAACUCUUCUGCAGAAAACAAUUGUGACAUUUCCUCUCUUAAGAAUUGAAUCUAGUCGUUUCUGAGAGCGAGUAGGGUUGCAUUGUUGAGAAAUAUUUAUCAGUGAUCCAUACCCUUAUGCACUGACAUUAUCUUGCAGUUGUGGUAACAUAAUUUUAGGAGCUGAUUUAAGCUGAAUUAAAUUACUGAUAAAUCGUCAAAAUGCCACUUCUGCAACAUGUAAUGGACGCAGAGUUGGAGCGGUUAGCCAUGGACCAGAUUGUCCCAUCUCUACUGGACCAAGGAUUAUUUUACGUGGACAACUUUCUAGGAGAAUUGGUUGGGCACUUUGUUUUGAACCAAGUGAAAGAGAUGCACAACUCUGGAGUUCUGCAGGAUGGACAGCUGGCUGGUCCUUGCCCGAGUUCUGGGGUCUCCAAAAGGAACAUUAGAGGAGAUAAGAUAGCCUGGGUCAAUGGCGGUGAAAGGGGGUGCGAGGCUAUUCACCUCCUUCUUACAUUAAUCGAUAAAUUGGUUUCUCUUUGCAUCGGCCGACUUGGAAAAAGUAUAAUUCGAGAAAGAUCUAAGGUAAGUUGUGCGACAGUUGUGCGUAAAUUGCGCGUGUCCAUGGUGUUUGAGGGGGGUCACUGUUUUGACGAUACAGAGAUAAUUUAGUAGGCCUGUACAGUACUAUAUUACUAUAUACUCUACAGUUGUGGACACACCUCUAAACGUAUUGUUCAUGGAAGAAAUAUGUAUAUUGUUAUUACAUGACCUAAACUUUAUACAACAUGUUAGUGUCACGGUUUCGGCCGAGGCUGCUCCUCCUCCUUGUUCGGGCAGGUUUCGGCGGUCGUCGUCCCCGGAGUACUAGCUGCCACCGAUCUAUGUUUCAUGGUCGUUUGGUUUUGUCUUGAUGUUGUACACCUGUGUCUAGUUAGUCCUCGUUAGUGUCCUAUUUAGUUAUCGUUGUGUGUGUUGGGUGUUGUGUGUGAUUGCUCCUCUGUUUGGUGUUCUGAGCUACGUAUCUUCCCUCCGUUGUUUGGCGAGGUUUUCGCACAUGUUAGUGCGCCUUUUGUUUGACGCCUGUGUGCGCCUUUAUUUCGCCUCCGGGCUUAUGGUUCUCGUGUAUUACGUGAAUAACUCACUAAAGUCUUUUGGACUAAGCUUCUGCGUCCUGCGCUUGAUUCCUGCACCACACCCACCUUCAGCACCCCUGACAGAAUCACACACCACACCCAACACACACAACGAUAACUAAAUAGGACACUAACGAGGACUAACUAGACACAGGUGUACAACAUCAAGACAAAACCAAACGAACAUGAAACAUAGAUCGGUGGCAGCUAGUACUCCGGGGACGACGACCGCCGAAACCUGCCCGAACAAGGAGGAGGAGCAGCCUCGGCCGAAACCGUGACAGUUAGACUCUGGCCUAGGUCUAUAUGAUAUUCUUAGAAAUGUACUGUUUAUAUAUAAGGGGUUAAAACAAGUAAAAUGUAAAGUUGUAAUGUCAUGUGCACAAAUACAGUGAAAUGCCUUUCUUGCAAGCUUUAAACCCAACAAUGCAGUAAUCAAUAUCAAACAAAAAAUAACAUAAGGUAAAACAAAAACACACAAUAAAUAAAAAUAAGAAAUAAGAAGAACAUGAGAAGUAAGAAAGCUAUACUGUAUACAGGGUCAGUUCCAAUACUAUAUUUACAAUGUGCGGGGAUACUGGAGUGAUAGAGGUAAUAAUAAUAAUAAUAUAAUAUGCCAUUUAGCAGACGCUUUUAUCCAAAGCGACUUACAGUCAUGCGUGCAUACAUUUUUGUGUAUGGGUGGUCCCGGGGAUCGAACCCACUACCUUGGCGUUACAAGCGCCGUGCUCUACCAAUUGAGCUACAAAGGACCACAUUGAGCUACAAAGGACCACAAACGUACAUAUACUACAUGACCAAAAGUAUGUGGGCACCUGCUUGUCGAACAUUUCAUUCCAAAAUCAUGGGCAUUAAUAUGGAGUUGGUCCACCCUUUGCUGCUAUAACAGCCUACACUCUUCUGGGAAGGCUUUCCACUAGAUAUUGGAACAUUGCAACAGGGAUUUGUUUCCAUUCAGCCACAAGAGCAUUAGUGAAGUCGAGCACUGAUGUUGGGCGAUUAGGCCUGGCUUGCAGUCAGAGUUCUAAAUCAUCCCAAAGGUGUUCGAUGGGGUUUAGGUCAGGGCUCUGUGCAGGCCAGUUAAGUUCUUCCACACCGAUCAUGACAAACCAUUUCUGUAUGGACCUCGCUUUGUGCACAGGGCAUUGUCAUGCUGAAACAGGAAAGGGCCUUCCCCAAACUAUUGCCACAAAGUUGGAAGCACAGAAUCAUCUAGAAUGUCAUUGUAUGCUGUAGCGUUACGUUUUCCCUUCACUGGAACUAAGGAGCCUGAACCAUGAUAAACAGCCACAGACCAUUAUUCCUCCUCCACCAAACUUUACAGUUGGCACUAUGCAUUGGGGCUGGUAGUGUUCUCCUGGCAUCCACCAAACCCAGAUUCGUCCUUCAGACUGCCUGAUGGUGAAGAGUGAUUCAUCACUCCAGAGAUCGCGUUUCCACUGCUCCAGAGUCCAAUGGCGGCAAGCUUUACACCACUCCAGUUGACGCUUGACAUUGCGCAUGGUGAUCUUAGGCUUGUGUGCGGCUGCUCAGCCAUGGAAACCCAUUUCAUGAAGCUCCCGACUAACAGUUAUUGUGCUGACGUUGCUUCCAGAGGCAGUUUGAAACUCAGUAGUGAGUGUUGCAACCGAGGACAGACUCGCCGGUCCCGUUCUGUGAGCUUGUGUGGCCUACCACUUCACGGCUGAGUCAUUGUUGCUCCUAGACGUUUCCACUUCACAAUAACAGCACUUACAGUUGACAGGGGCAGCUCUAGCAGGGCAGAAAUUUGACAAACUGACUUGUUGGAAAGGUAGCAUCCUAUGACGGUGCCACAAAAGUCACUGAGCUCUUCAGUGAGGCCAUUCUACUGCCAAUGUUUGUCUAUGGAGAUUGCAUGGCUGUGUGCUCGAUUUUAUACACCUGUCAGCAAUGGGUGUGGCUGAAAUAGCCGAAUUCACUGAUUUGAAGGGGUGUCUACAUACUUUUGUAUAUAUAGUGUAUGUAUAGGGGUAAGGUGACUUUGCAUCAGGAUAUAUGAUAAACAGAGUAGCAGCAGCGUAAAUGAUGACUGUAUGUGAGUGCGUGUGUAGAGUCAGUAUAAAUGUGUGUGCAUAUGAAGUGAGUGAGUAAGUGUGUGUGUGUGUGUGUGUUGGAGUGUCAGUGUGCGUGAGUGUGUAGAGUCCUGUGAGUGUGCAUAGAGACAGUGCAGUAAAAUACAAGGGUCAACUCAGAUAGUCCAUGUAGCCAUUUUGUUAGCUAUUUAGCAGUCUUAUGGAUUGGGGAUAUAAGCCUGUUCAGGAGCCUGUUGGUGUCAGACUUGACGUUUGCCAUGCGAAAGCAGAGAGAGCAGUCUAUGGCUAGGGUGACUGGAGUCUUCAACAAUUUUUUGGGCCUUCCUUUCAACCCACCUGAUAUAGAGGUCCUGGAUGGCAGGGAGCUCGGCCCCAGUGAUGUACUGGGAUGUCCGCAACCAGUCAAGAUGCUCUCAAUGGUGCAGCUGUAUAACUUUUUGAGGAUUUGAGGUCCCAUGAGGUCUUCACGACCGUGCGCGUGUGUUGUUUUAUUCUAUUCUGUUCUAUUUAUUUAAGAGUUGGCCUAUGCAUUCUGAAAUAUAUACUGUUUUAAUGCAUAUCAGUCAACUUUUUAAAAUGUUGACAGUGUACUUUGGAUAGCCACCAUUUUGUGUAUUUAUUACUCCCCUUUUUAUCAUCAUACAUUUAUAAUAAUUGUGAGCCUCAAAGUGUAGGUUUACAGGUGGACCAAUUGCUUACGUACUGUAAACAUACUUCAUUACACAUUUUGCAGGGCUUUGUAAAGUGUUAUUGCAUAGAGCCAUGACAAUCCCACAAUCUACUCACAAUAACUUUGAUCUUAUAUGCAGUCAACAAGUAACACGUGAUGCAAUCACACACACGUAUGUUGUGCUGAGUGCAGUGCAGGUUAUGGGUGGUACGUGACUCCUCACACUGCCUAUAGCUGUUUGUACUCUCAGAAAGCCAGAGUUUAAGCAGGAAAUAGCGUGUGAACACUACACCACAAUGCAAUACACCAAACUUGGCCAUAGAGUCAGUCAGUACUGCACAUCCCCUCACCACCCACAGCCCAACACCACCUAGGGAGAGGGAGAGAGAGAGGGAGAGGAAUACACAGAGGGAGGGAGAGUGAUAGCGAGGGACAUAGAGGGAGGUAGAGGGAGAGAGAGGGAGAUGGGGUGAGAGAGGGAGAGGGAGCGCGAGAGGGAGGGAGAGGGAGAGAGAGAGGGAGAGAGGGAGAGGGAGCGAGAGAGGGAGGGGAGAGGGAGAGGGAGAGGGAGAGGGAGAGAGAGGGAGCGAGAGAGGGAGGGAGAGGGAGAGAGAUGGAUGAGAGAGGGAGAGGGAGCGAGAGAGGGAGGGAGAGAGAGAGAGAGAGAGAGAGGGAGAGCGAGGGAGGGAGAGAGAGGGAGAGAGAGAGGGAGAGGAAUACACAGAGGGAAGGAGAGCGAUAGCGAGGGACAGAGAGGGAGAGAGAGGGAGAUGGGGUGAGAGAGAGAGAAAGAGAAUGAGAGGGAGAGGGAGAGAGGCCUGUAGACCUAGCAGUGCUAUGUUGAGUCUGCUGGCUCAUGCUGUACACGUAGCACUGUCAUUAAACCUUCAACAGCCUGGCAGCCUGCCAGCUCUGCUCUGUGUGGACUUCCCACUCCUUUCUCUUGCUUCAUAUGUUUUUGCUCUUCUUUGACAACACUGUGUACGUGCGUACAUGCCCCCACUGUAGACAGUAAACACUGGGUGCGUCAUAGUACUCCUUUCCUCAGUAUGUGCCGACAGGAAAUAUGCUGCUGUGCAAAUAAACUAAAGGAUCACUUUAUCAGAUAAGACCCUUGUGAUGUUGCUCCAGAAGAGUGAUUCUAUUACAGCUUUAUUAUAUAGGUGUGUGCAUAGUAGUGAUCGUUCAACAUUCAAAGGAGAUGAAUAGUUAAAGGAAUAGUCUAAAGGUUGCUGUGAAAUUGAUAGGUUGCUGGCAUGACACGAUUCCAAUGCUAUCUUUAUGGUCAUCCUAUUAUUCUUUUGUUUCCGUGUCUGCGGAUAUUCUUCCUUCAGGAACCUAAUAUGGACUCUCCCUGGAGAAACGGAAAAUCCCAGGAUAAGAAGAAGCGUUUAUUUCCAAAACGCUAUAUCUAUCUAUUAAACAAAUAAAUCCUUGUCCGAUUACGUUCCUUCGUGUCUACAAGUACUAGCCUUAAAAUGUGUCCCAUAUCUGAUGCCCAAAUCAAAUGUUACAUGACAGAAUGUUGCUUGGCCUCUAGCAAACCCUCUAUCUGACCCAACGUGUCCAUCCCUGGUCGUAACCACGUCUUUAUUCGCUUUGCUUUGAGGGCUUUUCUUUACUUUCUUAUCACAAGAUCGAUUACCACAGUUUGGUUAAUUGUGCUUCCUUGGAUGCUGACUGAAUGCACGUAGGCCAGUCCUGCUGAAGCCACAACGCUCCCUCCCAAAGCAACGCUUACAGGAAAUGAUCUGCAACCAAGAUAUUAACCCAUAAAUGUCUUCAUGUUACAUUUUUAUCUCUGAUUUGCAGAAACUAUUUCUGUAUUCUUAGAAUAUAGUCAAGGCAUUUCCACAAAUAUUUUCUCACAAAAAAGGCUUCUGUAAUGGUGUACACUACAGUUAUCGUGUCACAUAUUAUCAUGAUUAAUGAUGAUCAGCAUCAAGGAUACAAAAUCUAAUGUGUAACAGACUGAGAACUUAUAUGUUUUCUUUUGUGUUUUGUCUGUUUCAGGCGAUGGUGGCGUGUUAUCCAGGAAAUGGGACAGGAUAUGUGAAACAUGUGGACAAUCCCAACGCUGACGGUCGCUGUAUCACCUGUAUCUACUACCUCAACAAAAACUGGAACCCCGUGAGCUGCAGAUUUAUGACAUAUUUAUUACAUAUUAUUGCAUAUAUUUAAUUUAGGGAAGAAGUAGAGUGUGCUCAACCAACGUGAGUAGAGGUGCAACCUAAAAAUGUGUAGACAUCAUUGGACAGGAAAAGGCGCAACGCUCACUCACCAUUAAAAAUUAUUCGUUUUAUUUCUACAAGUUAAAAAAAUAGAUGUUUCGGCUUUCAAUGGCCUUCUUCAGUAUCUGAAGAAGGUGAAUGAUGACCGAAACGUCUACCUUUUAAACUUGUCUAAUAAAACUAAGAAUGACCUUUACGGAACAAAUAAUGAUGAUUCACACUUUGACAAUAUAUAUAAUAAAUUAUCAACCCUGAAAGCAAUACAAGACUCUAUUAUUAUGGUGGGAGAUUAUAAUACUGUUUUAAAUAGCUCAAUGGACCGUAAAGGAAAUCACACUACAAACUAUCACCCUCAUGCUCUUAAGGAAAUCAUGAAUGUCAUGGAUACAUUAAAAUUAGUAGAUAUAUGGAGGCUUAAAUAUCCUGACCUAGUGAGAUAUACAUGGCGGAGACUCAAUCAAGCUAGUCGUCUUGACUUCCAAAAGUUUAAAAAGUGUUGAUAGGGGACAGAAUGCGGUCGGACCAUCAUAUAAUUGUCAGAGGCGACGUGUAUGCGGUGAGUGAAGUCAAGCGCAGGACACAGAGAUACUAGCAGACGUACUUUACUAAAUGUAAAGAACAUGCAAAAACCAAAACCUCCUAACAGGGAGGAAAACAAAUACACGAAUACGACAAACAGCAAUGCCGAUACAGCCUAGACACAAAACAAUAACACACAAUUACCAAACGAGAGACAUGGGUAAAUCUAGGGACUACAAUCAAACAUAAUAGCAAACAGGUGUAACCACUCAAGACAGAACAAGACAAACACCGAAACAUCGAUCGGCAGUAGCUAGUACUCCGGGGAUGACGAACGCCGAAGCCUGCCCGAGCAAGGAGGAGGAGCAGCCUUGGCAGAAUCCGUGACAAUAAUUGGCAUAUACAUUACUCUUAGUGAAUUUCCAAGUGGGCGAGGAUAUUGGAAAUUUAAUCUAAGCCUAUUGGAUGAUAACUUGUUUCUAACAAGGACAGAGGAAUUUAUAACUGAUUUUUUCAGACAUAACAUAGGUACAGCAAAUCCCCUUAUUGUAUGGGACACUUUUAAAUGUGCCUUUAGAGGCCAUGCAAUUUAGUACUUAAAAACAAAAGCAGUUUAGGUCAAAAGAGUCAAUACUAACAAAGGAAAUAGAAGGUCUAACAGAACAGAUAGAUAGCAAUAAAAACUGUAACAUAGAGGCUCAGAAUAAAUGAGAGGAAAAACAAAAAGAAAUUGAGAAACUUAUUCAUAGCAGACUUUGAAAAGGCAUUAUAUAAAGUACGACUGGAGUUUAUAUAUAAAUGCCUGGAGCGUUUCAAUUUUGGAGAAUCUCUUAGAAAAUGGGUUAAACUCAUGUAUAGUAACCGUAGGUAUAAAAUAGUAAAUAAUGGCUAUUUCUCUGAAAGUUUUAAACUGUCAAGAGGAGUAAAACAAGGUUGUCCACUAUUGGCAUAUCUAUUUAUUAUGGCCAUCAAAAUGUUAGCUAUUAAAAUCAGAUCCAACAAUAAUAUCAAGGGAUUAGAAAUCCAGGGUUUAAAUCCACAACUUGAAUCCCUCCACAGCCUCAUAGAGGAUCUAGAUACAUUUUCUAACCUCUCUGGAUUACAACCAAAUUAUGAUAAAUGUACUAUAUUAUCUAUUGGAUCACUAAAAAAUAAAAAUUUUACAUUACCAUGUAGUUUACCAAUAAAAUGGUCUGAUGGUGAUGUGGAUAUACUCGGAAUACAUAUCCCAAAUGAAAUAAAUGAUCUCACUCCAAUACAUUUUAAUAGAAAGUUAGCAAAAAUAGGUAAGAUCUUGCUACCAUGGAAAGGUAAAUACCUGUCUAUUUGUGGAAAAAUCAUCCUGAUUAAUUAACUCUUUAGUAUUAUCGCAGUUUAGCUACUUGCUUAUGGUAAUGCCUACGCCUAGCGAACAGUUCUUUAAAUUAUAUGUGAAAAAAAUAUUCCAUUUUAUUUGGAACGGCAAGCCAGACAAAAUUAAACGGGCCUAUUUAUAUAAUGAAUAUGAAUUCGGAGGACAUAAAUGAUUCAAUAUUACAGCAUUAGACCUAUCACUAAAAGCUUCAGUCAUUCAAAAGUUAUACUUAAAUCCGAACUGGUUCUCUAGUAAAGAUUUUCUCACCCCAUGUUCAAGAAUGGCCUUUUUCCCUUUAUUCAAAUUACAACCUCUCACUUUCAGUUAUUUGAAAAUGAAAUAAUCUCCCAAAUAUCACUAUUUCUAAAACAAGCCAUAGAAAGUUGGUUGCAAUUUCAAUUUAAUCUUCCAGAAACAACAGAACAAAUAAUGCAACAAAUAUUGUGGUUAAACUCAAAUAUACUAAUUGAUAAAAAGCCAGUAUUUUUUGAGAAAAUGUUUAAAAAAGGUAUAAUCUUUGUAAAUGAUAUCAUAGGUAGGACUGGUGGAGUUAUGUCGCACAUGCAGCUAACAAAAACAUAUGGAAAUGUCUGCUCUACCCAAAAUUACAACCAAAUAAUUGCAGCAUUACCGCAAAAAUGGAAGAAGAAAGUGUAAGGGGGAAAAAAGUAAGGAACUUGUCUGUCGGCCCUGCAUUAAAAAACAGAAUUGGUUAAAGAAAAUUGUGAUAAAUAAAAAUAUAUACCAGUUUCAUUUAAAAAUUGACAGCCGUGCCAUAUAGAUUGCAAAAUAGUUGGGAAGAGAUUUUUGACGUAUCGAUUCCAUGGCAUAGUGUUUAUGAACUGAUACGCAAAACGAUGCCGGAUUCAAAACUUAUAAUUUUUCUAUGUCAAUUAUUAUACAAAAUUCUUGCUACCAAUAGAAUGUUAUUUAUAUGGGGGAUACAAUCUUCCCAGCUCUGCAGAUUUCGCUGUGUUUUUGUACCGUCCAUUUGUGGCUUGUUUUUGGUCACAGGUCAAGGAAUGGCUGAAAGAUUGCAAUAUUUACCUGGAGCUAACCCUGUAGAUAGCACUACUGGGUGAUCUGAAAAGUCAUAGUCAAUCGAUCAAUAAUAUAAUAAUACUUUUAGCAAAAAUGUUUAUUUUCAAUUUACAAUCUGUAGAAACAAUGAGAAUAGAAGGGUUCAGAACUUUUGUGAAACAUCACAGUACAGUUGAAAAAUAUAUGGCAAAUAGAAAUCCAAUAUGGAUGGUGUUAAGAGAUAGAUGGGAGGUGUUGAAUGGAGCUGAAGGAUGGGACUAAUAACAACUAACAACAGCUAAUAACAGCAAUAUAAUUAAUGUAGGGCAUGCUGUGUCCAUAAUAAGUAUAUAGGUUAUAGGUUGAGAGCUUUUGUGAAGGAGCACAGUUGGAGAGAUAUGGCAUAUAGAAGCAAACCGGAUGGACAUCAUGAAAAUGAACGGAGAGGUUGAGGAAGUUUACAUUUGAGUCAUUUAGCAGACGCUCUUAUCCAGAGCGACUUAGUGAGUGCAUACAUUUUUUUUCAUACUGGUGCCCCGUGGGAAACGAACCCACAACCCUGGCGUUGCAAACGCCAUGCUCUACCAACUGAGCUACACGGAACUUUCAGAAAAUAUAAUUAUUGUAAAAUUGACUGUGUCCAUAAAAUGUAUAUAGUAUGUACAGUUAAAGUCGGAAGUUUACAUGCACUUAUUUUGGAGUCAUUAAAACGUUUUCAACCACUCCAGAAAUUUCUUGUUAACAAACUAUAGUUUUAGCAAGUCGGUUAGGACAUCUACUUUGUGCAUGACACAAGUAAUUUUUCCAACAAUUGUUUACAGACAGAUUAUUUCACUUAUAAUUCACUGUAUCACAAUUCCAGUGGGUCAGAAGUUUACAUACACUAAGUUGACUGUGCCUUUAAACAGCUUGGAAAAUUCCAGAAAAUUAUGUCAUGGCUUUAGAAGCUUCUGAUAGGCUAACUGACAUCAUUUCAGUCAAUUGGAGGUGUAUCUGUGCCUCUUUGCUUGACAUCAUGGGAAAAUCAAAAGAAAUCAGCCAAGACCUCUGAAAAAAAUUUGUAGACCUCCACAAGUCUGGUUCAUCCCUGGGAGCAAUUUCCAAAUGCCUGAAGGUACCACGUUCAUCUGUACAAACAAUAGUACGCAAGUAUAAACACCAUGGAACCAAGCAGCCGUCAUACCGCUCAGGAAGGAGACGCGUUCUGUCUCCUAGAGAUGAACGUACUUUGGUGUGAAAUGUGCAAAUCAAUCCCAGAACAACAGCAAAGGACCUUGUGAAGAUGCUGGAGGAAACAGGUACAAAAGUAUCUAUAUCCACAGUAAAAUGAGUCCUAUAUCGACAUAACCUGAAAGGCCGCUCAGCAAGGAAGAAGCCACUGCUCCCAAAACCGCCAUAAAAAAGCCAGACUACGGUUUGCAACUGCACAUGGGGACAAAGAUCGUACUUUUUGGAGAAAUUUCCUCUGGUCUGAUGAAACAAAAAUAGAACUGUUUGGCCAUAAUGACCAUCGUUAUGUUUGGAGGAAAAAGGGGAACGCUUGCAAGCUGAAGAACACCAUCCCAACCGUGAAGCACGGGGGUGGCAGCAUCAUGCUGUGGGGGUGCUUUGCUGCAGGAGGGACUGGUGCACUUCACAAAAUAGAUGGCAUAAUGAGGAAGGAAAAUUAUGUGGAUAUAUUGAAGCAACAUCUCAAGACAUCAGUCAGGCAGUUAAAGCUUUGUCGCAAAUGGGUCUUCCAAAUGAACAGUGACCCCAAGCAUACUUCCAAAGUUGUGGCAAAAUGUCUUAAGGACAACAAAGUCAAGGUAUUGGAGUGGCCAUCACAAAGCCCUGACCUCAAUCCUAUAGAACAUUUUUGGGCAGAACUGAAAAAGCGUGUGCGAGCAAGGAGGCCUACAAACCUGACUCAGUUACACCAGCUCUGUCAGGAAGAAUGAGCCAAAAUUCACCCAACUUAUUGUGGGAAGCUUGUGGAAGGCUACCCGAAACGUUUCACACAAGUUAAACAAUUUAAAGGCAAUGCUACCAAAUACUAAUUUAGUGUAUGUAAACUUCUGACCCACUGAGAAUGUGAUGAAAGAAAUAUAAGCUGAAAUAAAUAAUUAUCUCUACUAUUAUUCUGACAUUUCACAUUCUUAAAAUAAAGUGGUGAUCCUAACUGACCUAACACAGGUUAUUUUUACUAGGAUGAAAUGUCAGGAAAAACUGAGUUUAAAUGUAUUUGGCUAAGAUGUAUGUAAAGUUCUAACUUCAACUGUGUAAGCUGGAAGUAGAGGCCUAAGCGUUGUUGUUCACUAGUUUACUCCAAUUAGGGAUUGGGUGGUGGGGUUGGAAAGUAAUAAAGGGAAAUCUAUAUAUUUUUAAAGGAUAUGUAUAUAUAUGUAUGUGUAUGUAUGUAUAUGUAUGUAUAUGUAUAUAUGUGUAUGUUUAUAUGUAUAUAUAUGUGUAUGUAUGUAUAUAUAUAUAUAUAUAUAUAUAUAUAUAUAUAUAUAUAUAUACAUUGAGGGAAAAAAUAAUUUGAUCCCCUGCUGAUUUUGUACGUUUGCCCACGGACAAAGACAUGAUCAGUCUAUAAUUUUAAUGGUAGGUUUAUUUGAACAGUGAGAGACAGAAUAACAACAAAAAAAUCCAUGUCAAAAAUGUUAUAAAUUGAUUUGCAUUUUAAUGAGGGAAAUAAGUAUUUGACCCCUCUGCAAAACAUGACAUACUACUUGGUGGCAAAACCCUUGUUGGCAAUCACAGAGGUCAGACGUUUCUUGUAGUUGGCCACCAGGUUUGCAUACAUCUCAGGAGGGAUUUUGUCCCACUCCUCUUUGCAGAUCUUCUCCAAGUCAUUAAGGUUUCGAGGCUGAUGUUUGGCAACUCGAACCUUCAGCUCCCUCCACAGAUUUUCUAUGGGAUCAAGGUCUGGAGACUGGCUAGGCCACUCCAGGACCUUAAUGUGCCUCUUCUUGAGCCACUCCUUUGUUGCCUUGGCCGUGUGUUUUGGGUCAUUGUCAUGCUGGAAUACCCAUCCACGACCCAUUUUCAAUGCCCUGGCUGAGGGAAGGAGGUUCUCACCCAAGAUUUGACGGUACAUGGCCCCGUCCAUCGUCCCUUUGAUGCGGUGAAGUUGUCCUGUCCCCUUAGCAGAAAAACACCCCCAAAGCAUAAUGUUUCCACCUCCAUGUUUGACGGUGGGGAUGGUGUUUUUGGGGUCAUAGGCAGCAUUCCUCCAAACACGGCGAGUUGAGUUGAUGGCAAAGAGCUCUAUUUUGGUCUCAUCUGACCACAACACUUUCACCCAGUUCUCCUCUGAAUCAUUCAGAUGUUCAUUGGCAAACUUCAGACGGGCCUGGACAUGCGCUGGCUUGAGCAGGGGGACCUUGCGUGCGCUGCAGGAUUUUAAUCCAUGACGGCGUAGUGUGUUACUAAUGGUUUUCUUUGAGACUGUGGUCCCAGCUCUCUUCAGGUCAUUGACCAGGUCCUGCUGUGUAGUUCUGGGCUGAUCCCUCACCUUCCUCAUGAUCAUUGAUGCCCCACGAGGUGAGAUCUUGCAUGGAGCCCCAGACCGAGGGUGAUUGACCGUCAUCUUGAACUUCUUCCAUUUUCUAAUAAUUGCGCCAACAGUUGUUGCCUUCUCACCAAGCUGCUGGCCUAUUGUCCUGUAGCCCAUCCCAGCCUUGUGCAGGUCUACAAUUUUAUCCCUGAUGUCCUUACACAGCUCUCUGGUCUUGGCCAUUGUGGAGAGGUUGGAGUCUGUUUGAUUGAGUGUGUGGACAGGUGUCUUUUAUACAGGUAACGAGUUCAAACAGUUGCAGUUAAUACAGGUAAUGAGUGGUGAUUAGGAGGCCUUCUUAAAGAAAAACUAACAGGUCUGUGAGAGCCGGAAUUCUUACUGGUUGGUAGGUGAUCAAAUACUUAUGUCAUGCAAUAAAAUGCAAAUUAAUUACUUAAAAAUCAUACAAUGUGAUUUUCUGGAUUUUUGUUUUAGAUUCCGUCUCUCACAGUUGAAGUGUACCUAUGAUAACAAUUACAGACCUCUACAUGCUUUGUAAGUAGGAAAACCUGCAAAAUCGGCAGUGUAUCAAAUACUUGUUCUCCCCACUGUAUAUACAGUGCUAUGAAAAAGUAUUUGCCCCCUUUCUAAUGUUCUCUACUUUUGCAUAUUUGUGAUACUGAAUGUUAUCAGAUCUUCAACCAAAACCUAAUAUUAGAUAAAGGGAACAUAAGUGAACAAAUAACACAACAAUUACAUAUCUAUUUCAUUUAUUUCAUCAACAAAGUUAUGCAACACCCAAUUCCCCUGUGUGAAAAGUAAUUGCCCCCUUACACUCAAUAACUGGUUGUGCCACCUUUAGCUGCAAUGACUCCAACCAAAUGCUUCCUGUAGUUGUUGAUCAGUCUCUCACGUUGCUGUGGAGGAAUUUUGGCCCACUCUUCCAUGCAGAACUGCUUUAACUCAGUGACGUGUGGGUUUUCAAGCAUGAACUGCUCGUUUCAAGUCCUGCCACAACAUCUCAAUUGGGAUUAGGUCUGUCUGGACUUUGACUAGGCCAUUCCAAAACUUCCAAUUUGUUGCUUUUUAGUGUCACACCCUGGCUCUGGGACUCUAUAUGUUGAGCCAGGGUGUGUUAUAUUUCUAUGUUGGGGGUUCUAGUUCUUCUGUUUCUUUGUUGGCCUGAGUGACUCCCAAUCAGAGGCAACGAGUGUCAGCUGUGGCUGGUUGUCUCUGAUUGGGAGCCAUAUUUAAACUGUCUGUUUUUCCCUUGGUGUUUGUGGGUUUUUGUUCCUGUUGGUUUGUUCCGUUUUGGUUGUGCUAAACCUAGGAUGACAUGGUUCCAGUAAUGCCUGGCGAAAAACAAACUCUGCAUUCCACAGUAAGAACAUCAUACCAAAGGUCAAGCAUGGUGGUGGUGGUGUGAUGGUUUGGGGAUGCUUUGCUGUCUCAGGACCUGGACGACUUGCCUUAAUAGAAGGAACCAUGAAUUCUUCUCAGUGUCAGAGAAUUCUACAGGAGAAUGUCAGACCAUCCGUCUGUGAGCUGAAGCUGAAGCGCAACUGGGUCAUGCAGCAAGACAAUGAUCCAAAACCCACAAUCAAGUCUACAUGAAAAUUGCUAAAAAGCAACAAAUUGGAAGUUUUGGAAUGGCCUAGUCAAAGUCCAGACCUAAUCCCAAUUGAGAUGUUGUGGCAGGACUUGAAACGAGCAGUUCAUGCUUGAAAACCCACACGUCACUGAGUUAAAGCAGUUCUGCAUGGAAGAGUGGGCCAAAAUUCCUCCAUAGCGACGUGAGAGACUGAUCAACAACUACAGGAAGCAUUUGGUUGGAGUCAUUGCAGCUAAAGGUGGCACAACCAGUUAUUGAGUGUAAGGGGGCAAUUACUUUUCACACAGGGGAAUUGGGUGUUGCAUAACUUUGUUGAUGAAAUAAAUGAAAUAAAUAUGUAAUUGUUGUGUUAUUUGUUCACUUAUGUUCCCUUUAUCUAAUAUUAGGUUUUGGUUGAAGAUCUGAUAACAUUCAGUAUCACAAAUAUGCAAAAGUAGAGAAAAUUAGAAAGGGGGCAAAUACUUUUUCAUAGCACUGUAUAUUUGCGAGAGAGAAAAACAUGGUGGAUUGGAAGUGAUGCAGACAAUUACAUUGAUGGAAGUUACAAUCUAUCUGCAAUAUUAAAGCUGAUCUACCCCCCUAAAAAAAACAUGGUGAGUGAGCGCUGCGCCUUUUCCUGUCCAAUUAUAUAUUUAUUUUCGUACAAAUUCUUAUUACAUUUUAUUUAUUUUUACCUAUGGAAUACACGCAAUCACCCACAGUCCAUUCAGAUUACAGUUAGGUUUUCAAGACAGUCACUGUAUUGUCUAUUUAAUUGUUUGGUUCCCUUUAUAACAUCAGGAUUCUUGUCAUAUUUAAGGUUUAUUUUUUAGAGACUAUGAAAAUGUGAGAUAUUUCCAUACACCGCUGGUUGGAAAACCCCCUCUGGCUUAUGAUCUUUGUAAAUUGCAGAGCCUCUUAGGGCUCAACGUGUUCUUCUGUAAAGCUGAAAUAAACUAUGGGUCUUCGUUAUUUUGCAGGAACAUGGCGGAAUUCUUCGCAUUUUUCCCGAGGGCAAAUCCUACGUUGCAGAUGUUGAGCCCCUGUUUGACAGACUGCUGUUCUUUUGGUCAGAUAGAAGGAAUCCACAUGAGGUGCAGCCUUCAUAUGCAACAAGGUCUGUUUGAUGCAACGUACUGUUAUUAUACAGAUAAUUAUUCUGUUCAUUCAUAUGCAAAAAGGUCUGAAUCUGCUGUUGAAUGUAUCAUACUGUUAUUAUUAUACAGACAACAUUUCUCUGUACAUUUUCUUGACACUGUUAGAUUUUCAUAAAAUGCUAAAGAAGAUGUAAUGUAAUUAUGUAAUAAUAAUAAUUCAGAAUGUUGCUUUGUUCCAGAUAUGCUAUAACCGUGUGGUAUUUCGAUUCAGUAGAAAGGACAGAAGCAAAGAGACGGUUUAGAGACUUAACA